AACUCCGGCUGCUGUUAAUGCUGAAAAUAGCUCAAAUGCUCUCAGAACGGUAGCACCACCCAGCAGCUGAGAUUCUUUCCCUCCCUUAUUUGCCUUCUCUCUUGCUUUUUUUCCCUUCAGACACUUGGAUUGGGCUUAAUCUUAAACCUUUGGAGUUCAAGACCUUUUAAAAAGGGCUAAAUAAACAAUCUCCACAUGUAGAAGGCCACUGACUCCUACUUACUUCCUCUGUUUGGAGCAACUGUUGAACUCAGCUGCCUGUAGGAAAACUGAAGACUUUAAUAACAAAACCUCCAAGGUCAAUAUGAAUACAGAUAGCGGUGGGUGUGCUCGCAAACGUGCUGCCAUGUCUGUUACGCUAACAUCUGUGAAGAGAGUGCAAAGUUCUCCAAACCUAUUGGCUGCAGGGCGUGAUUCCCAAUCACCAGACUCAGCUUGGAGAUCAUACAAUGAUCGAAAUCAAGAGACACUGAACGGAGAUGCUACAUAUUCCUCUCUUGCAGCAAAAGGUUUUAGAAGUGUUCGACCAAACCUACAAGAUAAAAGAUCACCAACUCAGAGCCAGGUAACAGUGAACGGAAACUCUGGAGGUGCCGUGAGUCCCAUGAGUUACUAUCAAAGACCGUUUUCCCCUUCGGCGUACUCUCUCCCAGCCUCGCUCAACUCAAGCAUUGUCAUGCAGCAUGGCAGAUUCCUUGAUUCCACAGAGACUUAUCCCCAGCAUGCACAGUCUCUGGACGGUACCACAGGCAGCUCGAUCCCACUGUACAGAUCCUCGGAGGAGGAGAGGAGAGUGACAGUCAUCAAAGCCCCGCAUUACCCGGGAAUCGGGCCGGUGGAUGAAUCCGGAAUCCCCACAGCAAUUAGAACGACAGUUGACCGGCCAAAGGACUGGUAUAAGACGAUGUUUAAGCAAAUUCACAUGGUGCACAAGCCAGAUGAUGACACAGACAUGUAUAAUACUCCUUAUACAUACAAUGCAGGUCUGCACAACCCUCCCUACAGUGCUCAGUCACACCCUGCUGCAAAGACCCAGACCUACAGACCUCUUUCCAAAAGCCACUCUGACAAUGGCACCAAUGCCUUUAAGGACGCAUCCUCCCCAGUGCCUCCCCCACAGGUUCCACCUCCAGUCCCACCACUUCGACCAAGAGAUCGGUCUUCAACAGAAAAGCAUGACUGGGACCCUCCAGACAGAAAAGUGGAUACAAGAAAAUUCCGGUCUGAGCCGAGAAGUAUUUUUGAGUAUGAACCUGGCAAGUCGUCAAUUCUGCAGCACGAAAGACCAACUGAUGGCAUAACUCCAGAUGACAUAGAGUUAGAAAAUGAGCCCUGGUAUAAAUUCUUUUCAGAACUGGAGUUUGGACGCCCGCCUCCUAAAAAGGCUCUGGACUAUGUUCAAGAUCAUUCUUCUGGUGUUUCCAAUGAGGCCUCCUUGUAUCAGUCCUCUAUAGACAGGAGCUUGGAAAGACCCGCUAGCUCUGCAAGCUUGGCCAGCGACUUCAGGAAACGGAGGAAGAGCGAGCCCGCCGUGGGUCCGCCACGGGGCCUGGGGGAUCAAAGCGCAAGCAGGAGCAGUCCCAGCCGAGGGGACCUCCCAGGAUCAAGCACCCUUACAAAGGCUUUCAUUAGUUCUUCUCCCUCUUCCCCAUCGAGAGCAAAAGACCGCGAGUCCCCUAGAAGUUAUUCAUCCACUUUGACUGAUUUGGGGAGAAGUGCACCAAGGGAAAGAAGAGGUACUCCAGAAAAAGAGAAAUUGCCUGCAAAAGCUGUCUAUGAUUUUAAGGCUCAGACAUCUAAGGAGUUGUCAUUUAAGAAGGGAGAUACCGUCUACAUCCUCAGGAAAAUUGAUCAAAAUUGGUAUGAGGGAGAGCACCACGGACGAGUGGGCAUUUUCCCAAUCUCGUAUGUAGAGAAACUCGCACCUCCUGAAAAAGCCCAACCUGCCAGACCGCCUCCCCCAGCUCAGCCUGGAGAAAUCGGAGAAGCUAUAGCCAAAUAUAAUUUCAACGCAGACACAAAUGUGGAGCUGUCACUGAGAAAGGGAGAUAGAGUUAUUCUUCUUAAAAGAGUUGAUCAAAACUGGUAUGAAGGUAAAAUCCCAGGAACCAACAGACAAGGCAUCUUCCCCGUUUCCUAUGUAGAGGUCGUCAAGAAGAACACAAAGGGUGCUGAUGAUUACCCUGACCCUCCAAUACCCCACAGCUAUUCUAGUGAUAGAAUUCACAGCUCAAGUUCAAAUAAGCCACAGCGUCCUGUGUUUACUCAUGAAAACAUUCAAGGUGGGGGGGAACCGUUUCAGGCUCUGUAUAACUAUACUCCUAGGAACGAAGAUGAACUGGAGCUCAGAGAAAGUGAUGUCAUUGAUGUGAUGGAAAAGUGUGAUGAUGGAUGGUUUGUGGGAACCUCAAGAAGAACCAAGUUCUUUGGUACUUUUCCGGGAAACUACGUUAAGAGGCUAUGAAUCACUCUCCCUCCCUAUUUAUGCCUCAUUUCAGCAACGCAUCUACAUAAACCUGCCUGGAACAUCCCACAGGCCUCUCCUUGUCAUGCCUUACAGUUUCCAACGCACCAUCACCAUCUCCACCUGCCACCAAACCACCAGCAAAGAAACUGCCGCUGUGACCCUGGGGGAGACCCAGCAGCCUGGUCUCUGUGCGAGUCCCUGCUUUUUGCUCUCAAUUUAGAAAAGUCGAAAUGUGGGUUCAGAAAGAAAGUCAGGAUACUUUAAAAUGGGAAAAUAUUUGAGGCAAAAAAAAAAAAAAAGUGCCUCGAGGAGGCUCUCCAGUCUCCAGUAGAUGUCCUGUUUCAGCAUUUCUGGAAGAUGUUCUCUCCUUGGGCAACCAGAAGGUCUUUUAUUAGGAAAUGCUGUGGUUUGCAUAUUCACAUUCUUAGCCUGGCAGUAUAUUUUCUUUUCACAAGUUUGCCUAGUGUCCUGGUUUACACGAUAUGACAACUGUACUUCAGCUAUUAUUUGCCUGCACUUAUGUGUUGCAAUAUGCACAGUGAUUACAACUUCUAAGACAAGAGUAGUUCAUUCGGAUGAGUGUGCUUUUGGUGACUGAAUGUGAGUUUUCAAAUAGGAGUCUUUUCCUGCAAUUUUCUUUGCACUUUUUAGAAGUGCAAACAGUAAGUGAAUAAGAAUCUCUGGUAAUAAUCAUGACAAUACAAGAGGUUUAGCUAGACUAUGGGAAAAAAUUAUUGUGUUGUAAAGUUGCAUUGCUAUUUUAUAUUAAAAUGUAAUAAUCAGCAUAUGAACAAUGAGCUCUUAGUGUUUUAUUUAUCUGAUAAAGUUUAAGUAAAUGCAGUGUUAGUGAGAGGUGCAAAGAAUUAUUCUAACAUAGACACUUGAAAGUAUCUGCAAGCAAUACUAGUAGGUAAGAUUUCACUGUGUGUAUACAUACAUAUCUGAGAUUGUAUGACAACAUGUGAUCCAAAUGCUAUGUUAUACAUUUUAUGGAAAUGUAAUCAAAUUCCACACAUUAUUUUAUAGAAAUAGAAUACAGAGGCACCACAGGUGUUAAGGUUGGCUUUAGCAAGGAUUACGAUCAAUACAAUUAUUUUUACUAUGAUAAUUAUUUUUCAUCUAUGGAACUCAGAAUCCUGGCUACAUUUGAGGACAGGAAUAUGUUGAGCCUGAUUUUCCUGGUGUGUGUAAAAUAUUUUCUAGGAAUAAAUUAGGCACUUUUUAGAGACAAUGUUAAAUCAUUCAGGUUUAUUUUCUGCCCUGAAGCAGAAAUUAACAAAAUGAUAUUGGGACCUGAAAGAUUUAAUAUGGUUAACAGUGCCUGAAGUACACUUACUCUGAGAACUAGCUUUGUAUUUCUUAUUACUUUGCGUAAGAACUAUUCAUCUUUGGAUCUUGAGCACCUUAUAGAAAACUUUUUAUGGCAUUUCUUCGUGGACAGUGAUUGAUCUUUUCACAAUGUAUGUAGACUCUAGAAUUUUGUACAUACAUUUGCUCUUUUUUUGUACAGACUAUUUAGUUGUUGAGAAAACAGGGAAAUUCCUAAUUUGGUCUUUAUUCUGCAGUUAAAUUAAGCUAAAACACUUUUAGCAGAUUAUCCUUUUCUUAUCUCACAGAUCACAAGCACCCCUUGAGGGUGCAAUUCUGUCAGAUAGCAUUUAUGCAAAAGUUUAUGAAUUUAAAAGAUCUUAGAAGCCAAACUGAACUGUACAUAAAUACUGAUUACAGAGGAAUUUCAUUAGGAAGAAGGUAAAAAAAAUCUUUGAGUAGACUUCCUUGAUUAUGUCAAGUUCACAGCCAGCUUUAUAUGUUAAAGGCUUCGGGUUUGAAAUUAAGUCAACUGCAUGCAGUUUUGCUGGUAAAUGAAUAAUUCUCUUUGAUGCCAUUUACAAGAAAAGACUUCAAUAUCUGUUGCCUGUCAUAUUUAAGAAAAAUUACUAUUUCUACUCUCUGUAUCUGAUUUUAAAAGAAAAAAUAUUCAUACCUGGCUUUCAGGUCAUUGAAUUCUUACAAGCAAAGGUCAUUGUGUUUUUCUUGAAUAGACAUCUAAUAAAUUUUGCUUGGAAGUAUA